CAUUGCAAUCAAGGCAUGGUCGAAAGGUAAGUAGUACUUGCGUGUUUCGUUUUGAUACGGCAAAAUUUCUUCUGAAAUCUCAUUGAAAAUAUMCUCCUUAUAUCUUUCAAUUUUUCAUUUUGGAAUUCGUUACCCCAACUUCUCAGCAAGAAGAGGACGCGAAUCGGCCGAACACGCCGAUCGGAUACUCGAGGAGAUGCAAGCCCCGAAAGACGUUAUUACAUAUUCCUCGGUCAUUUCGGCAUGGAGUGCCUCCGGAAUGCAAUCUCAUGCCGUUGUACGGGCAGAAGAAUUGCUGCGAGAAAUGGAGGAGACUCCCGAAGUGGAACCGAACACCGUUGUGCUAAAUUCGAUCAUGUCUGCGUGGGUCAAAUCCAAAAAUCCAGCGGCCAUAAAUCGAACCACGGAAUUGUUAGAAUAUAUGGAACAGGCGCAACACGCUCCCGCAGAUCUCGUCAGUUACAACACCCACCUCCAUGCGUUGUCGAUACAUUCCCAUAGGGAGCCCGAUUACGCACAGCGGGCGAACGACUUAUUAACGUCGCUGGAAGCCCGGUACGAGCGAGGAGAAAUCAGGUUUCGACCAAACUUGUUCAGUUACAAUGUUGUGAUUGAUGCAUGGUGCAGAUCACAGGCAUCAGAUGCUGCUUGGAACGCUGUAAAACUACUCCGAAAUUUCAUCAAUCAUGAUAGCAAAUACCAACCGGAUACGUUUUCAUUUAACAACGUGUUUUCAGCACUUUCUCGAACUAACCGACCAGGAACCACGUUAUUGGCAGAGCACCUGCUAGAUUAUAUGGAAAUUGCGUACAAGAACAGAAUUUUCAAAAAUGCCAAGGCUGACAUUGUUUCCUAUACCUGUGUUAUUGUCACCUUGGCUCGGAGUGGGGAAGCGGAUGCCGCAGAACGCGGAGAGAAGCUUUUGGAACGUAUGAAGGAACAAUAUAAAUCUGGAAAAACAUACAUGAAGCCAACACGGGUCGUCUACAAUGCACUUAUCGAUGCCUGGGCGAAAUCCGGUCGGGGAGUUUUGGGUUCAAGGAAGGCCGAGGCCCUCCUGAAAGAAAUGGAAGAAAUGUGUGCCAUGGGUGAUGCAUCAGUGGCACCGAACGUUAUUACCUACAACAAUGUGAUGACCAGCUGGGCGAGGUCUGGAACGCGUUGUGCUGGGAACAUGGCAGUAAAAUAUCUGGAUCGCAUGACCAUGAUCAACGGAACGGAGGGGAAAAUUGAAAUCCGACCGAAUGACAAAACUUUCCACACCGUAAUCAACGCUAUUGCCAAGAGUCCUAAUGAAAUGAAAGCGCAGAAAUCUCUUCAAAUAUUGAGACGCAUGGACAAGCUUUAUCAGUCAGGAUACACAGGAGCGAAGCCGAAUGCUGUUACGUAUAAUAAUGUUUUGAAUGCCGCCGCCUCCUCUGGUACGUCAACGGAUUUCAAGACGAAACGCAAAGCUUUGGAUACAGCCAUAUUCACACUACAAGAGUUGCAAUCAUCUCAAUAUGCCCAACCUACCGAGUCGACGUAUUCGACGUUCAUUGAAGCCUGUUAUAAUUUACUGUCCACCGACGACGAAGUAGAACUUCGAGAUAUUAUCGAAAACACCUUUGAAGAGUGCAAAGAAGAUGGACAAAUUGGAGAUAUGUUUCUAUCGCGAUUGAGAGAAGCCGCACCCAAAGACUUGUACGAAGAUCUGCUGUCGGAAGUGAUCGUAGCAAACAGGGAUGAAGUAAAAGUCGACGACCUGCCACAAUCGUGGCGAUGCAAUGUUCGAAGAGGGGGUCGCAAGUCGCGCCAACCUCCAUAGAGUAUGUUUGCGGGACUAUAACACUCCAGGGAAAUACAUUUUUGAACUAUUU